AUGCCUCCCAUCAAGGCACGCACAAGAAAGGUCAACAUGGUCCAGACAAGGAGCCAGUGGCGUGCCUCCGCGUCCAGACUGUCACCAGAGCUGCUCCGCAUGAUAUUCGCGUGGUUCUGUCCACACUGUCGCGGCAAUUUUGAAUGGCAACAUUGGGCUGAUCGCCACGAUGGCGAACAACACGAACAGGAUGUCUGCUCACUUUUUAACCUCUGUCGGGUCUCAGUAGCAUUUUGCAAUGCCGCUCAAGAAGUGUUGUAUCAUAGCUUCGAUACUCGUUAUCCCACCACGAGCCGAUCGAGGCUGCAGCUCGAGCUGUUUUUGCGCUCCAUUGCAGCACGUCCGGAUCUCGCUCGCUCAGUCAAAGCGGUCAUUCUGGACCCAAGUUCAAUUGCAAACCUAGAUUUCUUCGCAAGCCGGGAUGCCUUUGAUCAUUGCGCGCAUGCGCUUGGCACCAGCGCCCUUGACCUCUGGACGCAGACAGAGCAUGCCUAUCGGGCCAACCCACAAACUCAGCAUCAAGGCUGUGAAGCAUUCUUCCUAAGAGAUGCUGACCCUGGUACCUGGGCGACACGCCCGUCCAUUCCUUUUCUCGCCAGCGAGCUCCUUACUAUGCUGGUAGCCUUGCUGCCCAACCUGAGCUACCUCAAGGUAGACAGUCCCAUUGAGCAACUUGACCUGUCUCGAGUGACCUCGGAUGCGAUUGGCCUCACCAGGCUGCCUCUCAAGACUCUUGAUACAACGCUCCGCUUUGAAUCUCUCUUAGAAUUGUCGCCAGGUGUAGGGACUCUAGUAUGCCGAUCUGGGCUUUCCUGGGACAGCCUUCCCAGUGUCCAGUCGCUCGUCAUCGCUACUCACUCUGUAGACCACCUCGCCAUCCAGCGCGUUCUAGCUGCAUGCACUGGCCAUCUCUCUAAUUUUUCAUAUAGAGGAGUUAGAGCGACUUCCGAAGAGAUUGUCCGCGUCCUCAGCACUGAAAGGCUACACGCCACUCUCGAGUCAAUCCAUAUCGACUGUCGAUCGCCGGCUAUUGGUUUCCUCCUUCUGGAUCGGAUCAUUCCGAGCUUCACACCCUUUAUAAAUCUGCGGACUCUCUUCCUCAGCAUCUCCCCCAUGAACUCUGACACAGAAUCUGAUAGCCAAGCCCUUGUGAACAUCCUGCCUAUCAGCAUUACGUCCCUGACGCUCGUGGUUAAUGAGGGGGAUCCGUCAUUCGCUCGCCUUCGAGACCAACUCGUCUGUCUCGCAAAAGCGAAAGCAAAAGCCUCGGUUUUCAAGCACCUGAGCCGGGUAAGAUGCGAUGCCUUGCAAGCAUGCGACCAGUACGUGAAAGACUUGUUCAAGCAGGUUGGUGUUGAUUUCAUGUACCAAGAAUUCCCGAGGUCGGACUCUUAUGUUCCAGCCGACAUUGAACCUCUUUUCCUCCUGCCAUUACUGGAGUCGGAUGAUGAUCUGUAG